AUGGGUGUUCCCAAAUUCUUCAGAUGGCUCUCGGAGCGCUACCCGGCCAUUUCUCAGCUCAUUGCCGAGAACCGCAUCCCCGAGUUCGACUGUCUCUAUCUGGACAUGAAUGGUAUCAUUCAUAAUUGCACGCACAAAGAUACCGGCGAAGAUACGACGUUCCGACUCAGCGAGGAGGAGAUGUUCAUUCGCAUCUUCAAUUACAUUGAGCAUUUGUUUGGGAAGAUCAAGCCGAAACAGCUCUUCUUCAUGGCCAUUGACGGUGUCGCACCGAGAGCCAAGAUGAAUCAGCAGCGCGCUAGACGUUUCCGAACUGCCCUCGACGCCGAAAAGGCCCGUGAUAAGGCCAUCAACGAGGGUGUCGAUAUGCCGAAGGAACCCCCGUUCGACAGCAACUGCAUCACGCCCGGUACCGAGUUCAUGGCGAAGUUGACGCAGCAGCUCAAGUACUUUGUUAACAAGAAGGUCUCCGAGGACGCCGACUGGCAAGGCUGCGAGAUUGUCUUGUCUGGCCAUGAGGUCCCUGGUGAGGGUGAGCACAAGAUCAUGGAGUACAUCAGGAACGCCAAGGCGCAGCCUGACUACGAUCCCAACGUUCGCCACUGCUUGUACGGUCUUGAUGCCGAUCUUAUUAUGUUGGGUCUGCUCAGUCACGACCCUCACUUCUGCCUCCUUCGAGAGGAGGUUACCUUCGGCCGUGCGAGCAAGGCCAAGACCAAAGAGCUGGAGCAUCAGAACUUUUACCUGCUGCAUCUAUGCAUAGUGCGUGAGUAUUUGGAGCUAGAAUUUCAGGAGCUCCAGGAGCCUGGUCGGCUGAGCUUUCCCUUCGAUUUGGAACGAGUCAUCGACGACUUCAUCCUGAUGGCUUUCUUUGUUGGAAACGAUUUCCUUCCCAACCUUCCUCGUCUCCACAUCAACGAGGGUGCUCUCGCUGCUAUGUUCCGUAUCUACAAAUCGGUUCUCCCCCAGGGAGAUGGCUACAUCAACGAGGGCGGUGUCAUCAAUCUGCCCCGUCUCCAGAGGCUUCUGAACGAGCUCGCCAAGGACGAGACGAACCAAUUCGAGAGCGACGUCAGCGACGAGAAAUGGUUCCAAUCUAAGAAACUCUUGGAAUCCAACGGCGCCGACAACAGAAAGCCUAAGGGCAAGGGCCUUGUUCUGACCUCGUCCCAGAGAGAUCUGUGGAAGCAGCAGAUUCGCCCCUAUGUCAACAAACCCUCAUCCGAACCUCUGGAUCUCGGUACUAGUCUCAACGCUGCUGAUCGCAAAUUUGUCCAAGAUCUUGCCGACACUCUCCAUAUUGAGUGGAGCACCAAAGAGGAUGAUGAGGGUCAUCGCCAUCUCCUUUUGUCGUUCCCGAAGGGCGCCGAGACCGUCAAUGACGAAGAAGAGGAGGGAACUCUUGCACUUUACCGAGUGAUGCGCAACUAUGACAAGGCCACUGUUGUCGAUGUCACCGGUGAAGACGCUCAGCGCCAAUACAAGGAACUUUAUGAUCAGAAGUACCAGGGUUGGAAGACCAAGUACUACUUGCAGAAGUUCCCCGAGUGGGAGCCCGAGCAAUACGACACUGAGCUCACCAAGCUUUGCGAGAACUAUGUGCAAGGUCUUCAAUGGGUCUUGUACUACUACUACCGCGGAAUUGCCUCAUGGCCUUGGUUUUACCAGUACCAUUACUCUCCUUUGACCUCUGACGUCAUCAAAGGUCUUGGAGCCGACCUCAACUUCAAGCUGGGCCAGCCUUUCAGGCCCUUCGAACAGCUUAUGGGUGUCUUGCCUGACCGAAGCAAGUCCAUUGUCCCCGACGUCUACUGGGAUCUAAUGACGAACCCCAAUUCGCCCAUCUACGAUUUCUACCCUAGAGACUUCGAGCUUGACAUGAACGGGAAGAGAAUGGAAUGGGAAGCCGUCGUGAAAAUUCCUUUUAUUGACGAGAAGCGCUUGCUUAGCGCAAUGGAGCCCAAGAACAAGCUCCUUAGCAAGGACCAAAAGGAGCGGAAUGGAUUUGGAGUCGCCCUCAAGUUCACUUACAACCCCGAGGUCUCCAUCACUUACCCCUCGUCUCUUGUAGGCGUCUUCCCGGACAUCAGUCCUUGCCACUGUGUGGAGAAUAUCUUCGAGCUUCCCAACACCGAUGGCCUCACCUAUCGCAAUGGCCUUGUUGACGGUGUCAAGAUCAAUAUCGAGGCACUCGCGGGGUUCCCGACCCUGCACACUCUGUCCUACACAGCGAUGCUGGUUGAGAACUUUGGUGUCAAUGUCUUCCAGGCAGACAGCAAGAACCCCAGCAUGAUUGUCACCCUCACCGACGCAGAAAUGAGAACUAGGGCCCAAGCAGCUGCCCAGAAACUUGGAAAGCGAUGCUUUGUCGGAUAUCCAUUCCUCCAAGAAGCCAAGAUCGUCAAGGUCACUGAUGAGCUCUUCGAUUACGAGCUUGACGGAAAUGGCUCGGUUGUCCAAAAGCAUCAUGGUCCUAAAGAUAUUGACUUCUUCUCCAAAGAGUCUACCUACAUCGAAAACUGGCAUUCAAAGCGGCUCGGAAUCGUUAUUGGCUCCGUAGAAUCCCUGGUCCAUGUUCACAUGUUGAAGGGCUUAAUCAAGACCGAGGAGGGUGCCCUGAUUAAGGAGUACGCGCUGAAUCCCAGCAUGAGAAGCGUAUACGCUUCUCAGACCAUCGUCGACGAAGUCAUCAACGAGGACGAGCGAUUCAUCGAGAAAGCUGCUGUACCCAUCGAGGAAGAGUAUCCUGUUGGCACUCAAGCUUUCUUCUUGGGCGAGUACAACUACGGACGAGCUCUGGAGGUCACCGGUCAUGCCAACAACAAGGCCAACAUCCGCGUUUCCGUCUUGAAGAACAAAGAACCCGACUUCGCUAAGCCCAUUAUCCAGGACAUGAAGCGUCAGAACCGAUACACGCCGUCUUACGCCGUUGCUAAGAUGCUCAACCUCCACCCAUUGAUUCUUAGUAAGAUCCUGUCGUCUUACCAAGUUAACACUGUUGGUGGCUUGCGAGUCAACUUGGGUCUCAACCUGAAGUUUGAUGCCAAGAAGCAAAAGGUGCUUGGCUACUCGCAAAAGUCAGACUCUGGUUGGGAGUUCAGCAAUGCCGCUAUCGAGCUUCUGGCCAGAUACAUCGCCGCGUUCCCUGACUUCUUCGCCGCUAUUCAGCAGAAUCCCCAAGCAAGCGAUGUCAGCGACACCGACCUUUGGAAAGACCCUAAGGUGGCCGCUCAGCGAGUGAAGGAGAUUGGAGCUUGGCUCAAGGCGGCUCAGACCAGCAAGUUCGAGAGAGUUCCCUUGGAGGCCGAGCAGCUUGACUCCGUUGUGGUCAUGAAACUUGCUGAGGCCGGUGCACAAGUCUUCCUCCAAUCCCACGAUGUAGAGGUCAAAAAUAUGAAGGGCGUCCCGCGAUCGGCAAUCAUGAAGCCUAGCGAUGCUGAGCUGUUCCUCAGCAACCAGAAGUUUGCUCUUGGCGACCGUGUCAGCUUCUUAUCCUCUUCUGGCAAAGUGCCUCUUGGAAGCCGGGGAACAGUGGUUGGCCUUAGUCGUACCGCGACCAAUCUUCUUUUGGAUGUCGUCUGGGAUCUCACCUUCAUGAGCGGCACGACUUUGGGUGAAAGAGCCCCGCCUUUCCGUGGCAUGACCGUUGCUUCUUCCUCGGUCCUCAACACCACGUACAAGCAGGUCGUGUCGGGCUCCAAGGCCGGCAUGCAGCGCAAACCAGCUCCGGCUCCGGGGUCGCUUACGACGGUGGCGACGGGUGUCCCCCAGUACAAGGAUGCGCCUGCUCCUGGUCCGCUCAGAGGCACCUGGCGCGGUGCCGCGAACGGCAGCCAGGGUCAGUCCAGCCGUGGCCGCGGCCGUGGAGGUGGACCCAACCUGCUGCAUAGCACCCUUGUCUACCGCCCUCACCAGAACGGCACGGACGAGGCUCACGAGGCCAACGGACAAGGUCAGCGUGGUGGAGGCAACUUUAGAGGCCGGGGACGUGGUCGUGGUGGACCGAUUCAGCAUCCCGGUCAGUCGGGUCUUCAUGAGAUGCCGGCUCAACCUCAACAACCGAUGUACGGCAACGUUCCGCCUCCCGCCAACCUUGACGCUCGCGGCAGAGGUCGUGGCCGCGGAGGACGUGGAGGACGGGGUAGAGGUGCCCCCGCGGCCGUGGUGCGAACGGAGCGGCUAACGGAGUGA